UCCUUGUAUCUUUCGCCCCUCUCUUUCUCUUUCUCUCUGUAUCUCUCUCGCUUUCUCUCUCUUCUCUCUCUCAUGGCGAUCGCUGCGGAGAACCAAGCCCAAGAGAAGGCUUCUUCGGAGGUUUCAGCGACGGAGACAAGAAGAUGGACGCUCAAUGACUUCGACAUUGGAAAGCCUCUUGGCCGAGGAAAGUUUGGUCACGUCUAUUUGGCAAGAGAGAAACGGAGCAAUCACAUUGUGGCACUUAAAGUCCUCUUUAAGAGCCAGCUGCAACAGUCUCAGGUUGAACAUCAGCUUCGUCGGGAAGUUGAAAUACAAAGUCAUCUUCGACAUCCCAAUAUCUUACGCCUUUAUGGGUACUUUUACGAUCAGAAACGAGUUUAUUUGAUUUUAGAAUAUGCUGCCAAAGGUGAACUAUACAAGGAACUUCAGAAGUGUAAAUACUUCAGUGAAAGACGUGCUGCCACUUAUGUUGCAUCGUUGGCACGGGCCCUUAUAUACUGCCAUGGAAAGCACGUAAUUCACAGAGAUAUCAAGCCAGAGAACCUUCUAAUUGGUGCACAGGGUGAACUCAAGAUAGCGGAUUUUGGGUGGUCAGUGCAUACAUUCAACCGCAGGCGGACAAUGUGUGGUACUCUUGAUUACCUCCCUCCUGAGAUGGUGGAGAGCGUAGAGCAUGAUGCUAGUGUGGAUAUCUGGAGCCUUGGUGUCCUGUGCUAUGAGUUUCUCUAUGGAGUCCCGCCUUUUGAGGCCAAAGAGCAUUCAGAUACAUAUAGAAGGAUUGUUCAAGUGGAUCUAAAGUUUCCUCCUAAACCAAUUGUCUCUUCUCAUGCAAAGGACCUUAUUAGUCAGAUGCUUGUGAAGGACUCUUCUCAACGCCUGCAAUUGCACAAGCUUCUAGAACAUCCAUGGAUUGUUCAGAACGCGGAGCCCUCUGGCGUAUAUAGGAUAUAAUUUGCCAAGCCAGAUAUAAUGAAGGAGAUAAUGGCAGUAGAAUUUAAUUUUCUAUGAACAUCUGAACAAUUUAUCUUGCCGGCCUCAGCCAACUUUGUGAUGUAAUACUUCCGUGUAUGAAUCUAUUGAUAAAAAAAAUGUUUGUUAAUAAAAAUUCUUUUUUCUUCGUGCUAA